GUGACGGCCCCGGGCGGGCAGGGCCGGGCCGGGCAUGGCGGAAGCGGAGGCCAAGAUGAAGCAGUUGUGCGGCGGGGCCGGGGCCGGGCCGGAGGCGGAGCGCGGCCGCUUCCCGUACUGCGUGGUGUGGACCCCGAUCCCUGUCCUCACAUGGCUAUUCCCAAUCAUCGGCCACAUGGGGAUCUGCACAUCCACUGGAGUCAUUCGGGACUUUGCGGGGCCAUACUUUGUGUCAGAAGACAACAUGGCAUUUGGGAAGCCAGUGAAGUACUGGAAACUGGAUCCCAGCAAAGUGUACUCCACUGGUUCCAAUGCCUGGGACACGGCUGUUCACGAUGCCUCCGAGGAGUACAAGCACCGGAUGCACAACCUCUGCUGUGAUAACUGCCACUCUCACGUAGCUCUGGCCUUAAACCUGAUGAGAUACGACAACAGCACCUCAUGGAACAUGGUGAAGCUUUGCUUCUUCUCCCUGCUCUAUGGGAAGUACGUGAGCAUAGGGGGAUUCGUGAAGACCUGGCUGCCCUUUGUGCUCUUCCUGGGGGUGAUUGUGACCGUGGUUCUCACUCUCCAUUUGCGGUGAUGGCAGCUCCGAGCUCCCCAUUCCAUGGGCACCCAAAGGAAGAGACUGUGACUGAUGCAGCGAGGUGCAGGCCUGGCACUCUGGGAGGAGCUUUCCAGGGAAGGUGGCAGCUCCACUCCAUUGUAAACUGCUCCUCUUGAAGCUUCUUUUCCUCCCGUUUCUGUUCUGUUGGUGCAUCUCCGGCAGCAGGGCUUCCAUGGCUCUCCCUCUUGCUGCAGUCUGGCAGGUAGGAAUGCAGCCAGGAGGGAUGAGGCAGAUGUGGGCACCUUCCUUUCAUCACCACAUACAUCCACAGGGCAAACCCUGCCUCUGCUUCGGGAGCACAGGAUGCCCCUUGUCAGGUUCUCUCUGGUUGCUUCCUCUUGGCAGAGGUCAUCAGAUGCUUCCCCCAUCUCCACCAAGGAGCUGUUGAUUCCCUGUCGCAGGUUUCCAGGUGGAGGUGUGGGUUCCUCCCAGGGACACCCCAUUGCUGACAGGAAGGUGCUGAUGCUCCUCUGAGGAACAUGGGCAGGGCCAAUUCAUCCCGUGCUGCUGGGGAGCCCAUGGAGGCAGCAGUGUCCAUCCAGCAGCUUGGGAUGGUGCAGGGCAGGCUGCAGAGCUGGGAGCCUCCUGCUGGGUCCCUUCUAGCUUGUGCCAGAGAACACAGAGCAUCCCUGCUUGUCCCUGUGCUCGGAGCAGCUCAGGUUGUUGUUACACUGCUCACCAGACACUUCCCUUCCCUUUGCUGCCUGUCCUUUGUGUGGUGCAGUUACUGAGCCUGCAGAGGUGGCUGGAGCAGCAGGUCCGUGUCUGUGGGAGGCUCAGUGUAGGGGUUUGAAAGCAUCCUGAGACCUGGGGCCAUCAGAGCUUGACAAGAGGUGAAGGGACUGGACAAUACCCAUGUUCUGAUCGGGUUUUGCAGUGUUAAACUGGGGCCCUGGGUUCCUUGUGACUCAUUCCAGGGUGAUGCAUGAGCUCUGAAGGGCUUUGCAGGACUGGCUUUGAUGUGAGGGAUGCUGCUCUGGCAGCAUCAAGGGGCUGAUGGCCCUUUGAAGGCCUGGGUGGGACAGGACAGGUAGUGGGGGGAUAGCUCCAGGUCUCCUAUGGAGAGGUUCUGGCCUCAGAUGCUGCUUUUUGGGGGGCUCUGAUGCAGGCAGCCUGUUACAGACGUGUGGCUAAAGGGUGAUGUGCAGCUGAGCAGGGCCCCCAGACUGCAGAGGCAAGAAAACAGCCCUCCCAGCUCCUCCAGCCCUAUGGGAGGGAUGGGAACCCCUUUGACUGCUCCAUCCCUGCAUUUCCUCAGUCACCCUUCCCCUCAGCAUCCCCCCGUGUGUCACCUGGUACUGGCUGUUGAGUGGG